AAAAUUUAAUGAAAUGGAGUCUAGGUUUAGUAAAGCCUUAUAGUAUAAAAACAAAGAAAAUACAACAAGCAAUAUUAGAUAAAAAAGUGUUUCUGUUGGAAAAAUAUACGCGCCUCCAAAAACUUCAGUUGGUAAGAUAUCUUUACCUAAACAUUAACCUCCUCCAUUAAAGAAAAGCAUCUUAAAAACAAAAAAAUGA